AUGCGCGCGAUAUCGUUCCAAAGUGCCCCUCUGUGGCUUUCAGCUUUGCUGGUUGCCCCAGGGGAAGCGUUCUUUCGCAUGCCUUGUCCGAGUCGCUUGGUCCAAGAGCGUGCUGAUCCCAUCGUGAACCCGGGAGCUGUGGCUGCCCAUGUGCACACAAUUUCAGGGGGCAGCGGUUUCUCGUUUGAUAUGGACUAUGAGGAUGCGCGAGCAUCACAGUGCUCGUCUUGUCCAAUCAAGCAGGAUCUGUCUAAUUACUGGACGCCUACGCUUUACUACCACGCCGAAAAUGGGAGCUUCAUCAGCGUUUCCCAGGCCGGUGAUGGAGAUGGGAUGACCGGCGGGAUGACGGUAUAUUAUUUACAGAGACCUGGCCCGAAUGAUGACAAACUUCAUGCCUUCCCCAAAGGAUUCCGAAUGCUCGCGGGCGACCCCAUGAAGCGGAACAAUACCGAUGACUUCGAAUCUCAGGCGGUUAGCUAUGUCUGUCUGGACUAUAAUGGCCCUGCAAAGUCGGAGACAAACGCUUUCCCUGAUUACAAUUGUCCCGACGGCCUUCGUGUGCAACUGUUCUUCCCUUCCUGUUGGGAUGGAAAGAAUCUCGAUUCUCCUGAUCACCGCUCUCAUAUGGCCUAUCCUGUCUCUGGCGCUUAUAACAAUGGUGCUUGUCCCAAAACCCACCCGGUACAUAUGGUGUCGCUUUUCUAUGAGGUUAUUUGGCAAACAAAUAAAUUCUCCGAUCAAUGGUAUGGAGAAAAUCAGCCAUUCGUCUUUGCUCACGGUGAUCCAACGGGAUAUGGAAUGCAUGCCGACUUUGUGAAUGGGUGGGAUGUGGAUGUCUUGCAGAAGGCGGUGGAUGUCUGUCUGAACGACAGUGGGCGCAUUGAGGACUGUCUCACCCCCGACGGAGAAUCAGUUUUCGAAUUCUUCACCGGCGAGGAGUGCCAAGCCUGUAGUGUACCCUCCUAUGUCGACGAGCAGAUUGACGGCAUCCUCGAGAAGCUCCCCGGUUGUAAUCCGGUGACUCAUGGACCGGAGCGGGCUGAGCAUGUUUCCUGCACCACAACUCCCAUAGGCAAGGCGGCUCCAUACUUCACUGACCUCACUGAGAAGGCAUGGGAAUACGUGGGCUGUGGAAUAGACAAGUAUGACAAUCGCACGUUCGCAGGGGAAUCAACUCGCGACGACAAAAUGACUGUGGAGCGCUGCGUGGAAUUCUGCACUAGCAAAGGCUUCGAUUACGCUGGCCUGGAAUAUUCAUCUGAGUGCUACUGCGAUAAUUCGAUCCCGGCUGAUCGGCGUCCGAAAAAGGGUUUUAUGGGAAAUUGCCAGAUGGCAUGCUCGGGCGAUAAAGCCCAGUUCUGUGGCGGUGGUAGCUCCAUGUCCAUCUACCAUAAAUGCAAUGGUGAGGGCAAAUGCGAGAAUAACGAGGGUGGCUCGCCUGGGAAGCUGAAGAACAACACGGAGACGGCUAGGAUCAAGCAGCACUUGCACCGGCAUGCCGAAAGCAAUCUUCAUCGGCUUUCCAUUUAA